UUGAACUUGGAGAUCCUACUGUUCCUGAAGAAAGUGACGUUCUUGUUGUAAACAAUGAAAACUUUAAUGAUGUGGUCAUGUCAAAGGAUGCUAUACUGGUGGAAUUCUAUGCUCCUUGGUGUGGUCACUGCAAACAGUUAGCUCCAGAAUAUGAAAAAGCUGCAGCAAGGCUCAAGGCAAACACACCACCAAUUCCUCUAGCAAAAGUCGAUGGGACAGUUGAAGAAGAGCUUGCCAAGAAGUAUGAAGUAACUGGAUACCCAACUUUAAAAUUCUUUAAAAAUGGAGAAGCGAUUGAUUACACGGGUGACCGUAAAGCAGACGGCAUUGUUAAAUGGAUGAAGGAGAGAUCUGAUCCUAAUUGGACCGCUCCUGUAUCAGCAGUCUUGGUGCUUACCAGUGAAAACUUCACCCAAGUUGUUACAGAAGCUGACAUCAUUCUAGUAGAAUUCUAUGCUCCAUGGUGUGGACACUGUAAGAAACUGGCACCAGAGUAUGAAGUUGCAGCACAAGUGCUGAAGGACCAACAUGAUCCGCCUAUUCCAUUUGCAAAAGUUGAUACAACAGUAGAGGAAGAUAUCGGGAUAGAAUACGAAGUUACUGGUUACCCAACUCUCAAAAUCUUUAGGAAGGGAAAGCCACAUGACUACAAGGGACCACGCACAGCAAAAGACAUGGUGUACUAUAUGGCUGCACAAGCGGGCUUUUCUUCACACCUAUUGAACACAACUAAAGAUGUUCAUGAGUACAUGCUACAUGAUGACAUCACCAUAAUUGGCUUCUUCUCUGGGCCUUCAGAACAUCUGUUUACAACCUACUUGGAAGCAGGAAAUGAUCUGAGAGAUGACUACAGGUUUGGACACACAUUUAAUCAUGAGGUGGCACAACAUUAUAAGGCAGAGCCUGAAACAAUUGUUCUGUUUUACCCAGAACACAUGCAUUCAAGCUAUGAACCGCAUAGGCAUGUAUUCAGAGAGAACGAUGCAGUACCUGAGAACAUAGCUAGUUUUUAUGAACGUUUUAAUUUACCAUUAGUCGGCCAUCGAAACAAGGAAAUGGAGCAAAGGCGCUACAACAAGAGACGACCACUUUGUGUUGUCUAUUUUACAGUCGACUUUGGAUUCGAUUAUCGAGAUGAUACCCAAUUCUGGAGAGGAAAGGUUCUACAGGUGGCAAAUGACUUUAGAGACAUUACAUUUGCCAUCUCUGAUGAGGACGAAUUCAAAGAUGAGCUGAAGGAUUUAGGGUUAGAAGACAGUGGACAGGAUGUUAAUGCUGCUUGUUGGGAUCAGAGUGGCAAAAGAUAUGUCCUAGAUCCUGAAGAGGAUUUCGAAGAAGAUGUGUUUAGGGAGUUUGUGGAGAAGUUUCACAAUGAUAAGCUCACAGCUCAUGUCAAAUCGCAACCAGUACCCAAACGCAACGAUGGCCCAGUCAAGAUUGUAGUUGGCAAAAACUUCGAUGAGAUUGUUGGUGAUAAUCAUAAAGACGUAUUAAUUGAGUUUUAUGCUCCCUGGUGUGGACACUGUAAAGCCUUAGAACCUGAAUUUAACAAACUUGGCAAAAAACUAAAAAACAAAACCUCUAUUACAAUAGCAAAACUAGAUGCAACAGCCAAUGACUUUCCAACUGCCAUUUAUGAUGUGACUGGUUAUCCAACAAUAUACUUUGCUCCAGCAAAUAAUAAGAAAGCACCAAUUAAAUAUACUGGAAAACGGGAUUUUAAAGGACUCGUGAAAUUUAUUGAGAAAGAGGCCACCAUUUCACUAAAGGAAAAAGACGAAUUGUAAAAAAAUCAAUGAAUGGAAUGCAAAAUUCUUAGAAUGUAUGUGCAGUGAAAAUGAAAUAUUUAAGCAGAUUUCUUUUCGAUAAAAUAGUGGCCUAUAGCAAUUGGUGGAAAGUUGGGAAUGGCAUUACAUGUAGAACAGAUACAUAUAUUCGAAUGAGGACACCCCAAAGCCAAGUUAUUUUCUACUUUGAUGGCAUAUGUGAUAGUAGUAAAUUUGACAUAUGAAAAUAAUUUGGUACUUGGGAGUUUCUAAAAUAUUGCUUUUUGUUUUUCUGAUAAGGUUUUUAUACUACUAUAUAGUACGAUUGUGCUACGAUUGUAAUAUUCUGCUUUGAGACAAAAACAGUACUUUUACAUGUAGAUCGUCAUGUAAGUGCUGCAGAGCUGAUAUAUCAUCCUUGUAGAAUGUAAACAGCAGCUGCUUGGGUAAAUAUGAAUAGUAUUGUUGUUGUUUUUUAUUUUCAGUUAUGAUUUCUAGCCCAGGCAGCUUACCAUUUGUCACAGCUUUGUGUUUGUUUAGAUGUGAUCAGGAGUCUAUCAAUAGACUAUAUUGAUAGAUUCCUGAUGUGAACUAUGUUCGCAUUAUUGAACUGUUACGAGAUCAAAGACAUUAAACCGUAAUUACAUGACCAAUAUAUUUUUUUAAACUUCUAAAGAAGUUUCGUGUAAAGCCUGCUUCAUUUUUAAUACUCAAUAUUUGUUACCAUCUAAAGUGUGUUAAACUGUUACCUUCUUCUCAUUCCAUAUUUAUACAUUAUUAUUUCUGUACGAACAAAAUGUACUAUUUUUAUGGAUAAUAGUGAUUGGCAAUGACCAAGUGAUACUUGCGAACAUUAUUUACACGGUGCUGAUUUGUAUGCGAGACUUGAGACUUGAAUCACAACGUAUAUUUGCACGCUGUGUGACAGGUAACAGCAUGAUUAUCUUAAUCAUCUACAGAAUUUAUGGUUUGUACACUUGUAUGUAAUUCUCACAAUUACACGAGUUAUAAAGGCAAUUUAGAAGACUAGUAUCUUUGUCGUAAAAAAUCUUGUUUAUUUUACGUUUCACAUAUCUAUAACGCACUUAAAUAAUGCUACGCACUGAAGUAAUAAUUAAAAAUGUUUCAGAAAAUCCAUUCAAAGUC